AUGGUCCUCCAUGACGUCAGAUACGAUGGUCGUCCCCUGUUCUAUCGCAUGGCACUGUCCGAUAUGAAUGUCCCCUAUGCAGAUCCUAGGCCUCAUUACCACAAGAAGGCCGCUUUUGAUCUUGGGGAUGCGGGGGCAGGUUUAACGGCAAAUGAUCUUUAUGUAAUCAGUAGCUCCAUUGGAGAUGUCAUCGAAAAGAACAAUUGUGUUUGCAUCCACGAACAGGAUUAUGGCAUCGGAUGGAAGCAUACCAACUACCGAACUGGCAAUGCCUCCGUCGUGAGGGCACGCGAGCUGGUUUUACAGUCUAUCAUGACUGUUUCCAACUACGAGUAUAUUCUGAUGUUCAUCUUCACUCAGGCUGGUGAUGUUGUGUACGAAGUACGCGCUACCGGCAUACUCUCCACACAGCCAAUCGAUGAAGGAGUCCAAGUUCCCUGGGGUACAGUCGUUCAUCCUGGUGUCCUUGCUGCACAUCAUCAGCACAUCUUUUCCUUACGAGUCGACCCUAUGAUUGAUGGUCCGAACAACACUUUCAGCUACGACGAGUGCGUUCCAUUGCCUCGGGAUGCACAUCUUAAUCCUCAUGGAACUGGUUACAUCACAAAGGAAACACAGAUAUCAACGUCAGGUGGAUACGAUCUCGAUAUGUCUCGAAAUCGCGUCUUCAAGAUCAAGAACAACGAUGUCAGAAAUCCGAUCAACCAAGAGGCUGUUGGUUUCAAGGUCUCCGUGCCUGACUACCAAAAAUAA